AUGGCCGUCGCCGACGCGGUGCUGCCCUCGCCGCCGCCCCCGCCCCCGCCGGCGCGGGCCGUCGUCGUGCGCUUCGCCCUUGCCCUGAUGCUGGCGCUCGGGCUCGUCCUCUGCGUCGCGGCGGGAGCCCUCGCCUGCCUGGGCUUCGCCUCUGCGUGGGUCGCCUCCGCGGCCUCGGCUGCCAAGGUCGUGGCGCGCCGCGCCUGGGGCGAGGCCUCCGCUCCUUUCCUCUUCCUCCAGGCGCUCACGUACGGGGCCCUGAAGGUCUGCGUCUACAACUUUCUUGUGUUGCUCGCGCUUACCGUCCUGCAGCAGUUCGUGGCCUACGUGAUUGCAGUUGUAUCUGGAUCCACUUCAGGAUUCAAGAAGAAUUGCUGCCCUCCUCAGAGCGCCUUCGGAGCAAUGAGGCCGGAGUCGGUUGCACGCUUCUUUAGGCUUCUGCGCCCCAUUGUGCUUGGAUUUGUUGCAUAUGUGGCCUUCAUCCUGCUAGCGGUCGCUGGUUUUCUGGUAGCAAUGAUGUCGCCACAUGUGGAGGGAUCGAUGUCUCAGGGAGAAAUGGUUGGUUCGGUGAUCAUGGAUGUGGGGAUAUUUGGUUCGCACGCGACAGCUUGCUUUGUUAUGAUGCCAGCUCUCGUUCUUAGUCUCUGGAGGGAGUACCAGGCAAACAGGAAAGCACCAUCGCAGUUCUGUUGA